AUAGGAGCUUCUGCACCCGACAUAUAACAACAUCGAACAAGUUUCUCAAUGCUAGCUAACAUCUUUUAGUCCGGGACUCUUUCCUACGAAAGUGUUCAGAUGUUAACGCGACUAUAAUGGUGUGCGUUUUCCAGGAUCGGCAUCUUUCGACGGUGGCGACUCUUCUUACCGGAGCCGGAAUAAGGCUUGGCACCGAAGGAUCACUUCCUGAUUGUCUCAGGAUCUCAUCCUAAGAGGUGGUCAGAGCUACAGCUGCGCCUUUCAAUCGUAGAUUUUUUUUUUAAAUUGAAAUUCGUCGUUGCUGAAACCACCCAAUUUAAAGCUCACAAUCUUACCUGCUGCAGUCUUCCACAUGCUUGGCGAGAAGUCAUAUUUGAGACUUCUAUACCAGCACUGAUGUAACAACACGCCCUAAAGGCCUUGGAAAACCAAGAUGUUAAUUUCAAAAAGCCUGGUUAUCCCGCUUAAGUUCAUGGGUCUAGCAAGCUUGCUAAUGCUAUCCGUGGUGGCUUAUAGCAGUCGUACGAAAGCAGGACCCGGCCAAACGCCACUUACUCACACUCCGGUGGUGGAGAGGGAAUGUAGCCCCGUGGACAUGUAUACCAUAGAAUGGUUUCUCGACCAGACGAAGCCGGGAUUUGAAGGGCCACUGUGCGGCACCGCGAUGUUCUACUCCCGCGACAUGUCGAGAGCGGCCCGGACUGUCGCCCCGAGCUUGAACAAAGUCACGAUCUGGGACGUAUGGCCACGCGAGCUAUACGAUCACGAGAAUAUCAUUUCAAACCCCAUGCGAUGCAUCCAUCGUGAUCCUGUGCAGCGGCAGACUUUCUUCGAAAACAUGUCACUAGCAUUCGCAAAAAAGGCGUGUGGGGGUGCCGGGGUGCUGCAUAGUUCUCAAUACUACCGGGAGCCCCCACGUGAUGGCAUCUGGGCCAUGAUCGAGGAACCCGAGCUUACCAGGAGUGAAGGUCCUGUUGAGUGGCUGCGGAAGUUCCGGUUGCAUCCUGAAUUCCCCAAACUUGCGAAUCUACUCUCAACAGCGAAACCGACCCAGAAAUGCCAAGCAGAGGCGGCGUGGUUAAGAUCUAGUGUUGGCAUCGAAUGGCUGCGUAGCUUGCGGAUUGAGGAAACGGUCACUCAAUGGUCGGAAGUGUUCUGGAAAAGGGAUAGAACAACGCGCGGACGUCUCCCGAAGAGUGGACACGAGGGGCUUCAUAGACGAGCGCAAGUCCCUCUACAAAAAGUCGUCCCCAGUUAUGAGGCCAGUACUAAAUGUCAGGAAACAGACGACUUUGGGUUUUUCGAUGAUAUUGUCAAUUGGUAAUACUGGUUUGAAAAUAGGGUAGAACGUCGGGCGUGUGCGUGAACUACCCAAUACGAAGUUAGAAUAAGCUUUUAGGAUCAGAAGAAUGUUCGGCUAUUCCUAACCUCUAGUGCCCUACAGACAUAAACCCUGCCCCGCAAUCUUCGGAAAGCGUGUUAGGUAGUAAAACAAUGGUAGACUGGAAGGAACUUGCCGGUUCUAAAAUAAAACAUUUAAAUGUUACAUUUAUAGGAGGACCGAAGCCUAUAGAUCUAAGCUAUCUUUAAGGAUCAUUUAAAGGAAUAGAUUUAACAAUUAUAGCAGUUCUACAAUUAGGAAGAACUUGUAGAACUAUAGAAAUAAAAGGGGUCUACGAUAGAUAAGCUGA